GCGGGAGGGGGGGAGGCAUGCAGUUAGCAAGUUCAGAAGAGCAGUCAGCGUGAAAAUAUCGAUAGAAGAUAGAAAGGGAGGCAACAUGGCGGCGGAAUUUGAGAGGUAGAAGACUAUCAGUAAGAGGAGGAGAGCUGAUGAGACGAAGAGCCUUAGACUCCACUUUGUCCAAGAGAGCUGUGUGAGUGGAGCCCCCCCACACGUGAGAGGCAUACUCCAUACAAGGAUUUGAUAAGGCUUACGUAUAGAGUUUUUUGUGCUAGUAUUUCCAUGGGUAGUUUUAUGAGCCUAGUAAUAGUCUGGCAAGGCUUCUACACCAUGAACGUCAAAAACACUCAUGAGAACCCGACUGAUCUCUUUUGUGACCUUUGAAAAUAUUUGUUGUGAGAGCCGAAAGCGUCUUAGAACACGGGUCAAAGUAUUUCUAUAACAUUCUUACACUGUGCCAAAUCCUUUCCUCUCCCUUUCCAGAAUGGGUUGGCGACGGAGCUUAGCACUAACAUUGGCGGUGGUGGUGACAGUGGCGUCCUGCAGUGGUGCCAGAGCCGAGGAACAGGCACGGAGGGACACCAACCACCGCCCUGGACCCACUAGGACCAACCUCUUCGCCGGGGCACGCUCGGGGCAUCAACAGAGCCACGAGUACCCCGACCCAGGCUUUGAGGAGGAUGACACAGAGAUGAACUACGACUACUUCAUCCAGCCGAUCCCAAAGACGAGGCCUUCGAUUCCAUUUACGAUGCGUCAGAGAACGGCUCAAAGUGACUCCAGCUUACGAGGGUCUGUAGGAGGAGGUUUUGAUACUACCGAUAAGGGAUUUAGCACGAGGAGAACGCAGGGCACCCCGUUGGAAAGGCAGAACUACGAAAAUGUGAACGUACGGGAUUCCACAAGGCGGGUUUCUGGUGAUAAUGAUGACUUUAACGUAAGGAGAAUUCAGAACGCCCGGAAUCAGGAAAGUCAGAAUUACAAAGCUUCUAUAACAGCAUCCAACCCCAAACCGGCACAGUGGGAGGAUCAAGACCCGUUCUCCGUGUUUUACGAUUCCAUGUUCCCGGAAAUGGAGUCGGUAAUCCCGGAGGAGGAGACGUACAGCAAAAACAGCGCUUCUAACAGUCCCCCGGCGACCGUAAAAACAACGCCAGCAGGUGAUAUUACAACGGUGAGCCCUGUCAGCGCCGUCUCAGCCGCCUCUUCUGUACGGUCCCCGGCUCCUGUUCUUUCUGAUGCAAGGAGACCGACUUCUGCCCGCCCUGAUUCUUCAACCAUCACCACCACGGCAAAAACUCAACCUCCUUCAUACUCGAACUCCCUCGCCAGCUCAGAGGACCCAGAAACGGAGUCCGCUACCGCCGCUAUGGAACUGGAUAAGCUUACCACCAGGAUGUCAGCUGUUCUGGAGAAGUUUGGGCUCUCGAAAGCGUUCACCAAGAAAGUGUUUGAGGAGGAGGUCAAGUUUUUGGAGAGCAUGAUGCGCGUGAAACCACUCCGCGAGAAACUGGACGCCAUCUCACACCUCCACCUCAACGCUGUGGCACCGAACAUCGACCUCUCUCACCUCCUCUCCAAAGUCGGGCUCAAAGAUGUUGGUUCUAAGAUCGACUUGGGGCUCUUGGCUUCCAAACUUCGACUUCCGGACAUACUAGCCAAACUUAACCUGACUAACAUCGUGGCACAGUUCGAUAUUGAGGACGUGGCCCGUAUUGUGGAUUUAGUCGAGGCCACGCCCAAUGUAAGCCUGAAACACGUGGCGGAGAGGGUGAGGGAGAACUUCGGGCACUCCAAGGCGGCGAGGAUCCUGAAGAAGGCGGUGAGUCAGGCGCGGAGACUCAGCCAUAUCGUGGAUCCUGAGUCCCUCCACCGAGCCGCCGAGACGCUGGGGCUGCCCGAAGACCGUUUGGAGGAGGUGUUCGAGAAGGUGGAGGCCUCGGCGCGCUUCCUUUCGUACAUGCAAGCGGAUGACUUCGAGGAGGACGACGGUGCCAAGUUCCUGUUCCUUCCCGUCCUCGAAUCGGCCAGCCUGAACGUGGUACAGAGCUUGGGCUUCACCGUGUUGCUCGUGUUCCUGCUCCUCUCCGCCUACUCCUUCGUGGCCCUCAAGACUGGCGGACUAUUGCGAAGGAAGGACCCGUCGAAAAGAGCACGCAACCCGGUCCCUCUCCCGGGUAUCGAAUGGGACCUGGAUGACCCCGAGGACUGGAGGGCCGCCGUGAGCUCCAGUGAGGGACACAACUUGCCGUGGGAGCAGCGGGAGGAGCGGGAGAACCAUCAGACCCAAGACCAAGGCCACUUUGAACCACAUCCAGACCGCCCCAUCCCUGUGCCAGACCCCGGGGUGCUCCAGUGGGCUAGUAACCGUCCCCCUGGCCUUGUUAAACCCCACGGGCAGCAUAUCAAGACCCACCGUGGUCCUCUAGUGGUCCCCUUGGUGAAUGUGCGAAAUGGCAAUCGUGUGCAUGGACCGAAGAAAGGUGGACUGCAUGGUGAGGAAGGGAGAGAGGGUGAAAGGUUAGGUCAUCCUCUUCCUCAUCCUCAUCAUCAUCAGCCCCAUUUGCAGCCUCCGAGUGAGCACCAGCACCAGAAUCAGCAUCACCAGGUUCGUCAACACCAGCAGAAGCCCCAACACCCAUAUCAGCAGAAGCAACACCAGCGGCCUCCUCCUCCUGCUCCUCAUCACCACCAGUUUCCUCAACAACACCACCAGCCACAACAACCUUAUCAACACCAAAACCAACACCACCAAGACACCACCCAGCACCACCAACGCCCAACACAACCUGACCAUCGCCCAAACCAGGCUCCCCACCACCAGAAUCAACACCCCCAGCCGUUCUUGCAGCCCUCCGCCCACCAGCACGCCUUCACGCACAUCCAGCCUUACGACCCGGACCACUACGACAAGCACCGACACUUCGCGAGCUAUGAUGACGACUACGAACACGAGGGGGAGGACGAGGAGAUAAAAGAAUACGUUGAGGAACCAUAUCGCCACCAACACCACUUCGACUCCCACCACCCCGAAGAGAUCUCACCCCCCGACAACCAAUGGCAUUCCGGACCGACACACCCGACACACCGACCUGCCGACCAAGAGGAGGUCUACACGUAUUACAAAGCGCCAUCUCCGAAUCCGCCUACCCGAGCUACGCGAUUCCCGAACAUCCCGACGACAUGGAAACCGAAGAGAACCAAUGUGCCAGUUCGCCGCUUGCCCUCUCGCACCUUCCCGACCACUACCACCAUUCGCCCCACCACUACCACUACCGCGCCUCCUACUACCACACCCCCAACGUCGCCGCCCCCGCCCCCCCACUCAAGGCCCACGAGUAAGUACGCCCAAAGAGUCACUUCCUCGCAGUCAGAGAAGAAAAGGGAGAAGGAAAAGGAGGAGCUGAAGACCCAAAGACCCAAACCAUCGAAGGAGGAGUAAAAAAAAACCCGCCAUGAUGCUAAAAUUUAACGAAGGAAAAGAAAAAAGUGUUGAUAAUAGAAGAAAAGGAGAAGAAAAGGGAUGAAUUAGGACCCAAGUCAUCGAAGAAAGAAUAAAGAGAAAACAAAAAGAAAUGAACAAAUAUGGAGUAGCUGUUUGGUAGGGAAAUUAAACAAGAUGUAGAAGAAAAAGAAGAAGGAAAAGGAGGGCUUGAAAACGCGAAAAUUCAAAAUAUCGCAGGAGAAAUAAAAAAAAAAGAUAAAGCUGCCGUGAUGGUAAUACAUAACGAAGGAGAGGAAAAAGAGAAAUGAUUUAUAGGAAAUGUGAAGUAAAUACAAGAAAACAGAAAAAAA